CGCGCAAAGAAACUCGCUCUGUCACUGAGAGCUCGCCGCGACGACUUCAAACUCGCUAUAUCCGAUGCUUCUUCGAUGAAAGGCCUCUCUACGAUGCAAAAAGAAACUAAACUGAAGACCUUUUUGGCUUCCCCCGGCAAGAGCGAGUCUUUCGGAAGACGGCGGACCUGGACGUCUAAACAGUACAGGAGACCAGGAGGAAGUCUUGCCUCAGUCUCCACGCCACGUCACGCACCGGAGAGGAAUGGACUGCGGCCACGAGGAGACACUUCCGUUCCGACGUGGAGAGAAUGGCGACUGAAUAGUCUUCUGCUAUUGAGCAGACACACGUCUGGAGUCGAG